GUUAUAAAACCUGCAGCUGAGUGGGUGAGAGCAACAAGCCUGGUCCUCUUUCUGUCAUCCCCAGCCAGGCUUAGCUGGUGACAGCUGCUUGGGACUCUGCUAUCAGGUCCUGGCUGGCUUGGCAACUCUCCACUUUUCGGCCACAGUUCCUCCAUGGCUCAGAAAAAAGAGGCCGCUGAGGCUGAGGCACCGGCCUCCCAGAAUGGAGAUGAUUUGGAGAACCUGGAAGACCCUGAGAAGCUGAAGGAAUUGAUCGACCUGCCGCCCUUCGAGAUUGUCACUGGGGAGCGGCUGCCUGUCAACUUCUUUAAGUUUCAGUUCCGGAAUGUGGAAUACAGUUCCGGGCGGAACAAGACCUUUCUCUGUUACGUUGUUGAAGCACAGAGCAAAGGAGGCCAAGUGCAGGCGUCGCGGGGCUACCUGGAGGAUGAGCACGCAGGUGCCCAUGCCGAGGAGGCUUUCUUCAAUACCAUCCUGCCAGCCUUCGACCCGGCCCUGAAGUACAACGUCACCUGGUAUGUGUCGUCCAGCCCCUGCGCGGCCUGCGCUGACCGAAUUCUCAAAACCCUCAGCAAGGCCAAGAACCUGCGCCUGCUCAUCCUGGUGGGCCGGCUCUUCAUGUGGGAGGAGCCGGAGGUCCAGGCCGCCCUGAAAAAGCUGAAGGAGGCUGGCUGCAAACUUCGCAUCAUGAAACCCCAGGACUUCGAGUACAUCUGGCAGAAUUUUGUGGAGCAAGAAGAGGGCGAAUCCAAGGCCUUUGAGCCCUGGGAGGACAUUCAGGAGAACUUCCUAUACUAUGAGGAGAAACUGGCAGACAUCUUGAAGUAGGCAACAGAGCUCAGCCUUCUGUCUGCCGGCUGCCACUCAGAGACGCAGUGACACAGAUGACAUCCAGGGCAUGCCUGUCUCCCUGAUUAUACUUGGAGUUGGACAUUUGACAGCAACCAAUUGCAUUGGACAAGACCCUCCCUCAGAGAACUCAAAGCACACCUCAGGCUGUCAUCCAUUCAACCAUGCCUUUUGGAAAAUGAAGGCAAGAAAAGCAACUGUAUGUGGGCACCAGGUACCUGGGGGUGGAGGGUCUUGCUGCCUCUCCGGGGGUGCUACCUGAGAUAAAGAUCCUCAGAUUCAAGGUACAGACCUUCGAAAUCCAUCCAGAAAAGUGUUUUGAAUUGGGCUGGGUGUUUGUUUUUUUAAGGUAAAACAGCAACAUUAAUAAAGGAAAUGGUGUGUU